GUCGUGAGUUCGAAAGCCGUAGGAGGAAAGACUGCGAAUAAAACACUUGCACUAGCACGUUUUGCAUUACGCUGUCUCUAGUAACAUCGGAGUAACAUGGCCGGAGGCCAGGCGUAAACUUGCAGUGUUCAAAUUGCAACUCCACCUUCAUUUGGCACGCGACAUGAUCUUUUAUUCGCAGUUCUUAUUGUAAGAAACUGCAAGGGCGACUUGCGCUGAAGACAAGACGUGGUGUAACAUUGGUGUUACAGUGUGUGUACAUAGACACAGCACAGGCAGGGCCUCCACCCAGUUAUAGAGUCACCAUUAGUACGCAGCCAGCGUAAAAUAUAGCAGAAACCAUCUCCGAGCUGAGUAGGAUGACACAACGGUCACCUAGGAAAAGCCCACGCUUAAACGAUGGCCAGGAGAUAGCUACCACGGCGAGUGGGACGCAGACAAAGCGGACAAGUAGAAUGGUGAGCACUGUAUCACAAAUGCAAGUUCCCGCUGUUAGCGCACCACAAAGCCCCAGCACCGUGGAUGCGGGCACAAGUGUACAACCUGCCGGCACUGUGGCCGCGGGAGUGAGUGCACGAGCCAGCACAUUGACAGGAGCGCCAAGCCCAAGCACGCAACUCUCAAGUACGCAAGUCAUGGAUUUGACAAAGAGAGUCGCUGUGCUAGAGCACGAGUUGCAGAGGUCAAAAACUGGUCAAGCACAUGUGAGUACAGUUACUGAUCCCGUUAAGUUGAGUAGUGCUGGCAUGAGUGGUACAGCUAACCUGCCGCCAUCUUUGAUCGGAGCGGAGAGCGGAGAGCCAUCGUCGAGUGGAAGUUUGAGUGAAACUGCAACUAUGAGUGUAGUCCCAAAUUCAAAAGUAAGUUUGAGUGAAACUGCAAUUUUGAGUGGAACUACCAUUUUGAGCAGAUCGCCAUCUUUGAGUGAGGCACUGCCUACGUCAUUGAGUGGAAAUUUGGGAACACAGUUGCAAACGGUAGAACGGGCUACAGUUAUGGAUAACUGCUCUACAACGUCAAGCCGCUCGACGCCAUAUUGCUUUGCAGGCAUUGCACAGCCAACGCUCAGCUACACUCCGGCACAGGAGAACCAACAAACGAUAAUUUUGGAGCCAACGCAGGCAACUGGGAACUUCGCAUGGACGACUCCCAGGAACGAUGUAUGCCUGCCACGCAAAUUACCAGAUCUACCCGAGUUUGGAGGUCAACCUGAGGAUUGGCCUAUAUUCUUCUGCGCGUUUACGGAAACAACUUUGGCGUACAACUGUACAAAUCUGGAGAAUAACCAGCGAUUGUUGAAGGCACUCAAAGGCGAAGCACGUGACACUGUGAAGUCGUUGCUCAUACAUCCCAGGAAUGUGAACAACGUAAUUGAACAAUUACGUUUUAGAUACGGCCGCCCAGAACAGCUAAUACGCAGCCAGCUAAUUAGUAUUCGAGAGGUGCAGCCAAUUCAGGAGCACAGCAUAGCUAAAAUCGUGCCAUAUGCUACACGCGUAAGUAACCUUGCCGCCUUUCUACAAUCGGCUAACGGGGAACAGCAUUUAGCGAAUCCUACACUGAUGGAGGAUUUGGUCGCUAAAUUACCACCAAGCAAGAGGUUGGAAUGGGCCAGACAUGCAGCUACGAUUAGGCCUUUCCCGACGGUCGUACAUUUUAGCGCGUGGUUAACGGACUACGCCAAUGUGGUAUGUACGAUUGUGGACGUCGAUAGUAAGGAGCAAAGACGUAGAGUGCUGCAUGCCAGCAUUGACCAGAAUAAUGAAGGGCGUCACCGAGGUCGCACCAAACAGUGUCCAAUCUGUAAUGGACAACACGCAGUCAGGGACUGCAACGAGUUUAACUUAGCCUCUCCGCUAAAGAGGUGGACAGUCGUAAAAAGGCACCGGCUUUGUUUUUCGUGUUUACGAGUUGGCCACAUGGCAAGAGUCUGCAAUAGGGCCAACGAAUGCCAAGUUAAUGGAUGCCGGAAGAGACAUCAUCGACUCUUACAUUAUCAUGAUGCUAUGAGUCACAAUGCACCGCAACCAGCAGGUGAUAGAGUGAUGAAUACUGGACGGAUGCCGCAGCCAGCGGAUCCUCACACAAGGGCACCGCAGCCAGCGGAUGCUCAAUCGACGCAACAAAGGAACUUAAGUUGUGUCGAUUCGGAUGGAGAACGCCUACUAUUCCGCAUAUUGCCAGUGACAUUGCACGGGGCCAAUAAGCGGAUCGAUACGUACGCGCUCCUCGACGAGGGCUCGUCUGUAACGAUGAUCGACGACGAACUACUGCGCGAUCUAGAUAUCAAAGGGGAACGCAGGCAACUAAAUAUACAGUGGUUUGGUGGAAGAGCAACCAGAGAGCCGACCACAGUGGUAAGCAUGGAAGUUAGUGGAGCGGACAAGCGCAAACGGCAUGUGUUGCGAAAUGUGUACGCCGUGUCCAACCUCAGCUUACCAAUGCAAAGCCUGCAUCAACGUGACGUCCAAAUGUGGGGCAACGGUGCACGUCUUCCAAUGAAACCGUAUCGCGGGGCGGUACCAAAACUUCUGAUUGGACUUGAUCAUGCGCAUCUUGGACUGCCAAUGCAAACAAAAAGGUUUGCACCACAGGGACCAUAUGCCGCAGCCACCGAACUUGGAUGGGUGGUUUUUGGGCCGGCAAGAGAUCAACCGACGGCAACGUCAUCAAAGUCAUGCCUCCUAGCAGUGUCGCAGGAGGAUGCAAUCCAAAAGAUGGUAAACGACUAUUUUGAUAUCGAAAACUUCGGGGUGAAGCUUACGCCACCAGUCGCAGCCAGCGACGAUGCACGAGCACAGAGGAUACUCGAAGACACCACAGUGAAAAUAGAAGAACGUUACCAGACGGGUUUAUUAUGGAACCGUGAUAAUGUUGAAUUGCCACGAAGCUAUGAUAUGGCAUACAAAAGAUUGGUCAACAUUGAGAGAAAGAUGAAGCGUAACGAUCAGUUUAAACAAGCCUAUAUGAAAAUUAUGGACGAUUAUGUUCACAAAGGAUAUUCUCGACGAUUGAAGCAGCAUGAGGUCGCUUUAGCCAACAGCGACAAACUUUGGUAUCUUCCGCACUUUGGAGUUGAAAAUCCAAAUAAGCCCGGUAAGAUAAGACUGGUGUUCGACGCGGCAGCAAAGGUUGGUGAUAUUUCAUUGAAUUCGGCAUUAUCCAAGGGGCCGCAGCACUAUAAGUCGCUGCCGGCUGUUCUCUUCCAUUUUCGGGAAGGUGCCGUUGGCGUUUGUGGAGACAUCCGAGAGAUGUUCCAUCAAGUGUUGAUUCGACCGCAGGACAGAUGCGCCCAGCGAUUCCUGUGGCGAAACGGCGAUGAUCGCCGGGAGCCUGAUGUUUAUGAGAUGAGGGUAAUGACGUUUGGAGCAGCAUGUUCGCCAAGCGCCGCACACUAUGUGAAGACCUUGAAUGCCCUGCAGUUUCAGGAUUCAGACCCUCGCGCGGUUAAAGCUAUUCUUGAAUGCCACUAUGUGGACGACUAUGUGGAUAGUUUUGAUAGUGAAGGCGAAGCCAUCACCAUAUCGACAAGAAUAAGAGAAAUACAUGCAAAUGCUGGAUUCGAAUUGUGCCAGUUUACUUCCAGUUCGCCAACUGUAGCUGACGCGCUGGGCCAACAUGGGACUGCGAGGAGCAUCGGAUGGGGCGAAGCUGAAGAAAAGAUUCUAGGCAUGUGUUGGCAACCAGCCACGGACGAUUUCAAAUUCAACAUGAAGUACCACAAAGUACCCCGAUGUGUGCUAAAUUUGGAGCGAAUUCCUACGAAGAGGGAAUUCUUGAGCUUGAUCAUUUCAACAUUCGAUCCUCUGGGAUUUCUUAGUUGCCUCAUGAUAACUGGAAAGUUACUAAUGCGUGAGAUUUGGCGACGAAAUGUGCAAUAGGAUGAACCAUUACCAGAUGAGAUCGCCCGGGCCUUUAGCAGAUGGUUUCAGGAUAUGAACAACGUGGAAGGAUUUCGGAGCUCGCGCCAUUACUUCGGCCCAACACCUGUGCGGGCAAUACAGCUGCACGUUUUUGUCGAUGCUAGCCAGUCAGCAUUCGCAGCCGUGACUUACUUGAGGGUCACCUACGACAACAACGACGUGCGAGUAUGCUUCGUAUGUGCCAGGACGAAGUGUGCCCCAAUGAAGACGAUGUCAAUUCCACGACUGGAAUUGCAAGCAGCCGUGUUAGGAACGAG